AUGCUUUCCUAUUUUGUGAAUUAAUAUUGCACAAUUAAACAAAAUUAGAGGUUUAUUUCACUCUUACCCCAAAACAUUCCAAGGACUAUGGUUGAAAAACUGCUUUUAAAGACAUUUGAUAUCCAUAAUUUAUUUUCUGAAUAAUAUAAAUACAGCAACCCAAUCAAAUUAAGAGGAGGAGGAUGCAGAUAGAAUAAAGAAUAAAAAAAUAUUACCUCCCAAUAACAAAAAAAUGAAAACUAUAUAAAUUCAAUAUAAUUACCUUGUGGUUAUCUAGCAAACCUAAAUAAUUGCCUAUAACUAAUUUUCAAAGAGGCUAUAUUUAUAGGUGAAACUAAUAAGAGAAAAGAAGUGAUAAAUAAUAUAUAAUGGUUUGUUCAUAAUAGAGAGCACUUGAAUAAAUUUUGUAUUGAUCAAAAAGCAAUUAGCUUUGUGUAUGAGAAUAUCAAAAUACAUCAUGAAAGUUUAUUGACAGUACUUAUAAUAUACUUAAGGAUUUCAGGUUUUCUUUGUUAUUAAGUGUUAUAGAUUUGCAAUGAAUUAUUAAGAAUUAUGUAUAUGUUUUAGUUUUUAGAAUCUAAAAGAGUUUUUAAAGAAGUUGAAAAAUAAGAUUAUUUAUAAAAGUUAUCAGAAUUUGAGACUUAAUUAGAAAUAGAAUAAGCACAUGUUUGGAAGACUGGUAUUGAAUUUGAAAUAACAUUAAUGAAAAUUAUGAUUAUCAAUUCAUAAACUGAUUCGACUGAAGGAAAAGAUAAAUUAUUUACAAUUUUUAAGGAAGUGGGAAAAUCAAUUUUAUCAUUAUCACCAUCUGAAGGUUUACUUUCAUCAAUUUUAGAAACAGUGGAAUAUUUGUUAAAAAAAGGAGUUAAUAAAAAAUUAUAUCCUAUAGAAACUUAUUAAACCUAUAAUUUAUUUUAGUUGAUGAAAUGGUCAAUCAUAAGCUAAUUAAAAUCUAAAUAUUCAGUCUAUAAUUAAAUAUAGUAAUUAAAGGAUAUCUUUUAAUAAUAUAUAUUUGUAUCUGAUAAUUGGAUUUUACAUUUCAGUUGGAUAUAAAUGAUAACUGAUAUAUUAUCUUAUCGUCCUAUUAUUUCUAAGUGUGCUUUAUAGGCUUAAUAACCAAGUUUUGAGUAGACUCAAUGGAAUCUACUUUUUGAAAAUAAUUUAAUUCAUUGUGUUUCUUAUAAUAAAACUGAAGGAAUCAUGAAUUUAUUUUAAGAAUCACAAACACUAAUACAAGAUAUUGAAAUAACAAAGUUAUUGGAGAUUUUUAGCAAAAAAAAGUUUGUACUAUUUUCUUAAUUUCUUUUAAAUGGAGAUUUCAAUCAAAAUUACAAUCAUUGGAAUUAUUAUAAAGAAUUCACAUUUAAAAAGAACAAAGAAAAAAAAUAAGAAGAUUAUGAAAUCAUUCUGGCAAGUUAUGAAUAAGAAAUAUUAUUAAAAAUAAUUAACAAUCUUAAAUUUGAGAGAGAUGAGAUAAUCUCAAUUCAUUCUAGUAUUAUUUCAUCAUUUCAAUCAUAUUUUAAAAACCCAAAUUAAAUGUUAUAAUAAAUUAUUUAGGAUGAUCAGCAGGCAUUUGAAGAUCAAUUUUUAAAUACUUACAAAAAAAUUAUCAUACUAACUAAUCAUUUUUAUGAAUUAUCUGUAUUUCAAGCAGCUAAAUUGAAUUUGAUUUCAAUUGAUCUUCAGAAACUAGAUAAAUGUUAGAAUAAAAAUUCUUUAACUUAAUUAUAAAAUUUGAAAGAAAAAGUUGAUUGCUUUGUAGAAGGGCAACUUACAACAUUAAUACAGAAAUUAUUGGAUCACUUUUUAGUUGCCAUCUAAUUUGCAAGUUAUACUGCUGAAUUGAGUUUAUCCUUAACUACUAAAUCCGAGAUAGAUUUAAAUAAUUUAAAAUAAUGUUUUGAAAUAGAUGAAUUUUAAAUGAUUUUCACAGAUUUGGAAUCAAAUUUUAAUAAUUUUACAUUAAAUGUUAAUAAUUAUAAAGAGAAUUUGAUAAAAUUUUUUCAGAAUGUAAAAGAAAAUAAAUAAAUGACAAUAUCCGCAGUAGAUUAAAAUAUUAUAAAUAUUAUUAGGUUCAAUUUUAAAGGUGAAUGGAUUAAAAUUAUAAAUUAAACAUUUUAAGAAAAAUAUAUAGAUAAGUUUACGUUAUUUAAUUCUUCAUUAGAAAAUUUAAAUGAUGCUUAAUAAAAUUUUAUUGGUUGCAAGUUUAUCAUUUUAUAUUUACAAUAUGUAUCAUAAUUCUACCAUAUAUAAUGUGAAUAUCUAUAAAAAUUUGGUUAAUGUUUUAAGAAAUGCCGACAAAAAAAUGUUUAACAAACUUAAUAAAAAGAUGAUAUUUAUAAAAAGACAGUUGGAGCUAUUUUAACUUAAUAAAAAUAAAAGAUUUCUUCUUUUUUGAGUAAAAAUGAGAAUGAAAGUGAUCAUUAGAUUUAAUAAAUAAAUUGUAAAAACCUAUUAGCUUAAAUAAAGUCUGACUACAUUGUAAUGAAAUGUUAAAGCGAGAAUGAUAAAAUGAGAAAUAAAAAAAUACAUAAUGAAAUACUAAUGCUAUUUACAAAUGCUUAGUUUAAAAUUCUUUAAGUUUUUAAUCACAAUGCAAAUAUAUCAACAUUCUCAGAUCUUCUAAAUGAUUAUCAUGAACAAUUAUAAAAUAUUGGGCAAUCUGAUGAACAAAAUGCCUAAAUUGAGUUGGAGAAGUAGGAAGUUGAAAAUUAACUUUAAACUUUCAUAAAUGAAUGUCUGAAGAAUAAUCAAUAAUUAAUAAUGAAAAUUAAGGAAAUCAAAUAAUAUUAUAAAUACUAUGAAAAUUUAUUAAGCCUUUAAUUAGAUAUGAUUUCAGAAAAUAAUUAGAUUAUGUAAAAUUACAAAAAAGCAACUAAAACAGAUAAUCAAGUUCAAUUAUCCGAAAAAUCCAAUACUAUCUCAAUAGAAAGUUAAAUUAAAUAUUAAAAGAGAGGAGAGAAAAUUAUUUUAAUGAAAAAAUAAGGAUAUAAAUUGAAUAACUAAGUUAAAAUUUAAAGGAUCCAUACAAAUGUAAUUAUGAUAAAUGUGAAAUUAAAUUAGAAUUGCCAGAAUUUUUGUCAUUUUUAUAUACAUUAUCAAAUGGUGAAUACGAAAUAGAAUUAAAAGGGGAUAAAAUUAAUGAUUCCAUUUGGUAAGAUAUAAAAAAAUACUAGAAAGAAACUAAAGAAAAGCUUCUUAACUUAAUUGAUCUUAAGCAUGAUCAUAAAGUAAGAGAAGGAUUAGUCUAUAAUUUAAUAAGACUAUAACAAAGUAUUUAAGAAUAAUAGAUAAAUUCUUUCUGUUGUAAAUAAUUAUAAUACUUUUGGAUAUAUGAAAAAAACUAAAGAGUAAGAAAUUUAUUAAAAAAUAAGGAAUUAAUUGAAAUAUAAAAGUAGCUAUUUGUUUAAGACUAAGAUAAUUUAUAAGAUUCAUUAUAGUAUUAAUUGAAAAAAAGUAUGCAAAUUAUUCAAAACCUUUAAUAAUAAAUUAAACUAGAAGGUAAUUUAUUAAAAAGAUAACAAAUUUAUUCAUUAUUGAAGAAAAGUUAAGAUGAGAUUGAUGAUGCUUUAGAAAAUAUUUCAGAUAUGUCUGAAAAAAUGGACAUAAGUCUAAUAUUUCUUAAGGAUGUAUCAAAAGAUGUAAAGUCAAUGAGAAUUUAAAUUGAUAAUUUAUAAGAUAGUAUAAAUUAAAUAAGUGAUGAUAUUAGGAAACUAAGAGGAAAAAGUUAUUAUGAAUUAUUAGAAAUUAGAAAAUAAAAGAUUUUAUAAUAAUCAAAACGAACAGAAAUAGAUUCAGUUUAUGUAUAAUUAAAUACAAUUGAAUAUGAUCCUAUCACAGGUAAGAAAAUAGAACAUGAAAACGAGUUUAUAACCAAAUUAAUGGUUGAUUAAUGGAAUGAUAAAAAAGGAGAGAUUAAUGAGUUUUUUUGGUAAUCAGAUACAUCUAUAUUAAAAGAUGUUAUGUUACUUUCAGGAAAUGCGGGUUCAGGUAAAAGUAAGGCUGCCAGAAAAAUUGAAGAAUUUCUUUGGAAAGAACAAGGGAUUAACUCCAAAUGGAUUCCAAUUUUUGUGUCGCUUCCAACUUUGAAGAACCCAAAAUAUAAUUUAUUUGAAUAAGCAUUAGAAUCUGAAAAUUAUUAAUUUGACAAAUAUUAGGUAAGAGAAUUUAAAGAGGCUAUAUAACAUAAGAAAGAAAAAAUAGUAUUAAUACUUGAUAGUUAUGAUGAAAUGAAACAAGAUUGUAUACAAUAAAAUUUAUUAAUAACAAAUAAAUUGUACUAAGAAUUAAAUUUUGAUAAAACAGACUGCUAAAUGAAAGUAAUAUUUACAACAAGAAAAGAAAUACUCAAUACAGUUGGAUAUUAAACUUGGUUUUAUGGAGAGAGUCUUCAGACUUUGAAAGAAGUUUAAUUACAAAACUUUAAUGAAUAAUAAUAAGAUGAAUAUUUGAAUUAGUAUGUAGAAUUGAGUGUUAAAAGGAAAAUAAAAGAAAGUUAUGAAUUUGUUAAUCAAAUCUCUGGAUAAAACUUUGAUUUGAAUGAAUUUAUUAAUAUUUGGAAUUUGAUUUCUCCAUAAGUUAAAAAAUGUAUUAAAAAAUCUGAGAUUAGAGAACUAGAGGGUAUCUUUUAAAAUAAAGAGGAAGAAUUCUUAAUUAAUAUAUUAAAAUCUCAUUAAACUUUUUAAAUAUUAAAAGAAUAAUAAACAACUGGAUUACGAAAAGAGUUAUAAGCCUUAUGGAGUGCAAAUAAGUUUAAAACAUCUAUAAAGAGUGUAAAAAUUGAAGAUCUAUUGACUACUCCUUUUAUGUUAGAAAUUGUUGUAUAAGUUUUACCAAACAUGACCAAAUAAUCUUCAGGAUCAACUAUAAUUAAAGAGAUCUUUAUUUAGAAUUAUAUUAAAUUUAAGAAAUAUGCAAGAUAAUCUAUGUAUGCAAUAGAAAGUUAUAAAAAUAAUUUAUUUAAUCAAAAUGAACGAAAUAGUAUGACUAAUUUUGAAGAUGAAUAACACCCUAAAAUAUAAAAUGAUGAUGAAUAUCAAUCAAAAGUUGAUAAAGUAAGAAUAUAUGGAAUAGUUGAUAAACUAGAAAGUGAAAAAUUUUUCUAAAAUUUUUCAAUUGUUAGUUUAUUAAAUGUUGCUGGGGACACCAUCAUAUUAAAUGGUCAAAAAUUUAGAGUAAAUACGAAUGAUUUUAAUUACGUUGUAACUGCUUUGUAAAUGAAAAGGUUUACUGUAUUUGAAUUUUAUGAAAGUUUUAUCAACUAUUAUCAUGAAUAAUAGAUUCAAAAAUAAAGGGAACUUGGUAAAAUAUCAAAUUAUGAAAGCUUUUCAUUUGAUAUUUAUUAAUUUUCAUAUUCUCUCGCUAUUGAGAUGACUUUAAGAGAAUUAUCACAAGUAAGUUAUAAAUCACAAGGAAAACUUGAUUUAAGGAGUAAGUACAAAAUCGAUUAAGAUAUAGAUGAUUGGUUAAAAUAGUAUUUUGAUGUUGAGGACGAGUACAAAAAACUGAUUAGAAGUUGUAUCUUAUUAAGUGCUAAAGGAAGCACAUAUUCAUUUACUCAUAAAUCGAUUUAAGAAUUCUAUGUAGCAAAAAAUAUUUUUGAAUUGUUGAUUUUUUUGGAUAAUUUUCAAUUUGAUGAUGUCUUGGAGGAUAACAAUGAGAAAUUAGAGAGAAAUAAAAAAAUUUUAAUUAAAUCAGUAUUUAAUGAUCCAAAAUUUAAUAUAUCAACCGAUAAUUUUAAAGGUGUAAUCAAUUUCAUUAGAUAAAAAUUAAUUACUACUGAUAAAAUGAAUUAAAAAUUAAUAGAUAUUGUAAAGCUUUCAAGAAUAGGUAUAUUAAAUAGAUCAGCAUCAAAUAGUAUUUAUUUAUUGUGUUAAAUGAAUGUUUAUUUAGGAUCUUAAGAUUUUAAUAAAAUAGAGUUAGCAAAUACAAAUAUAUCAGGAGUAAGUUUAUUUGAUUGCAAUUUAAGUAAUUCUGUAUUUUCAAAUGUUGAAAUUAAUUCAAGCAAUCUAAAUUAUGCAGAUCUAUCAAAUGUAAAAUGGGAAAAUGUGAUUUGUCAAGAAAAACCCUCUUUAAAAGGUCAUAAUGAAAGAAUUUUGGAAGUUUAAUUUUCACCAAAUGGUCGAUAUAUUGCAUCUGCAGGAUAGGAAAAAGAAAUAAAACUAUGGAAUGCAGAAACAUAUUAAUUCAUUUAAGAUUUAAAAGGACACGACAAUAGUGUUAAUACAUUAUCAUUUUCAUCUGAUUCAUCCGUACUUUUUUCAGGUAGUGAUGAUAGCAUUAUAAGAAAAUGGGAAAUUAAAAAUCAUUAGUCAUAAAUUAAAAGUUAAAUUGCUUUUAAAAUGGAUAGUCCAAUUUCAAAAGUUUAAAUAUCCCAGGAUUCUAGAAAAUUAUAUUCUUAAGAUAAAGAGGGAAAUAUCUAAAUUUUAAAUUUAACAAAAGAUGGUCCAAUUGAAGAAUGUGUAUAUAGUGUUUAUAAUACACCUAUUGAUUAUUUUGCAUUACAUCCAAUGGAAUCAAAAGUUGUAUUCAUAUACUAAAAUAAAAAUAUUGAUUUAAUCAACUAUUUAACUGAAGAAAGAUCAAAGAUUAUACCAAAUCUUCCAGCAUUUUCGGAACUAAAUGAAAUAAUAGAUUUUGUAUUUAGUCAUGAUGGAAACUAUUUUGCAGUGGCUACUUCUAUACGUGUUUUUGUUUGGAAUAUUUAAGGAAAAGAAAUAAAACUAAUGUAUAGUUUUAUUUUUUGUUCAAUCUCCUUAAAUUCCAUAAUAUUUUCUGAAGAUAAUAAAUAAUUAAUCUUUUCUGAAUCUUAAUUUAUAUUUAUGAGAGACAUAAAUGAUAUAUAACAUGAAAUAAAAGAAUGCUUUGAAAUUGAAAUAUCUCCUAAAGAUAAUAUAGCCGCACUAGUGUACGAAAAGCAAAUCUGCUUAAUAGAUACAAUAUCAUAAAAGCAGAUAAGGGAGCCAGUCAUAUUUCAGUUUUAACCUAAAUUAAUAAAAUUUUCUAAAGAUGGAUCAAAAUUAUCCUUAUUUUUAAAUGAUAAGGAGCUGAUUAAACAAUUUAUAAUUUUUGAUGUGCUUGCACACAGGACCAUUUAUAUUUUACCUUGGGAUUCUACGAAUUGGUCUAGAUAUUUAUUAUCUAAUAAUUUUGAUUUUUUAUAUGUCUCAUUUGACAACAAACCUAAAUUUUGUAGGGAGAGUUCAAGUCAUGAGUAUCCUCAAAAAUAAAACUUAAUGGAAAGAAUUAUAAGAAUAGAUACAAAUAAAGUAUAUAAAAAUUAAGAGUAUAAAACACUCUGUUUUAAUAUUGCUCAAUUUAGUGUUAAUGUUUAAAAUUGGACUAUUGCUUAUACAACAUCUGAAGCUGAUUCGAUUUCUCUCUAUGAUUUAAAUAAGGCUUAGAAAAUUUAGGGGAUACUUGAAAACUAAAAUAAAAUAAUUUAAGACUUUUUGUUUUCACCAACUUCAAAUAAACUAGCAGUUGUAUACUAGGGAGAAUUAUUAUUUUGGUGUUUAGAUUCAAAACCUUUUAAAAUAUUAGAAAAAAAAAUAACUUUGGAUAAAAUAAAUCUUAAAUCUAUUAAUUUUUCUCCAGAUGGUUCUUAAAUAGCUUUGGUAUAUCAAGAUUACUUUCAAAUCUAUGGUGUAUCAACUUGUGAAUUAAUUUAGUAGUAUCAAUUUAGUUCAAAUGGUUAUGUAGAAUUUUCAUAAAAUAAUGAUUAGAUUGGUUUCUCCAAAUAGAAUGGUAAAGAAAUUUUGAUUUAAAAUAACAAUGAGGAUUAAUUAUAAGAAUUACCACAAGUUCAUAAGGAAAUUAUUAAGAAAAUAAUUUUUACUCGUGAUAACAAAUCAAUUAUUUCGGUGAGUCUAAAUGAAAUUAUUUUAUGGGAUCUAUAAAAUUAUUAGAUCAAAGAAAAUAAGAAUUCUUAUUUGAAAUACUUUACAUUUAUCACUUUUUCCCAUACUACUAAUUUAAUUGCAUUACAUGAAGGUGGUGAUGUAGAGUUAUGGAGAUAUUCAGAUAACACUUUGAAUUUUAUUGGAUCUAAUUUAUUUGAAUUACCAAUUUUAAAAUUAAGUAUUAUAAAUAAUGAUUAACAAAUUUUGAUAUUAUAAUCAAAUUAGUAGUCACUGUUAUGUGAUCUAGAUUGUUUUUAGUUUUCAUAUAUAUUUGGAUAAAGUUUCGAUUGUGGUGCAAUAUCAUCGAAUGGUUUAAUUGCUUUAUCAAUAAGAUUGAAUGUUGCUAUAUUUAAUAAUGAAUUUGAAAAAAUAGAAUUGUCUAAUAAAUAGAAAUUUUGGCCGCAAUAUUUAUAAUUUUUUGAGUAUAAAUAGGAUUUAUUGUUAAUAGGUGAAUCGCAAAAUAUAAAUAUUUGGGAUUAUUAAUAAGAUAUUGUAAUUUCAAAAAUAGAUUGGCGUAGGAGGAAUUUUAGAUAUAAUAUUUCAUAAUUAUAUUUAAAGGAUGAGAUAUUAAUUUCUUAUCAUGAAACGUUUGUAAAGAUAUGGAAUAUAAGAGACCUAUAAAAUAUUAAAUUAUGUGGUUAUCAUGAAAACUUGAAAUAUCUUUCUAUUUAGGAAAAUGGAGAAUGUGGAGUUGGGUUAUAAAUAAUAUAAGAUAAAACAUUUCUAUAACCAAUAAUAAUCAGAGAUAUUUUUAAUAUCAGUUUUUCAUUUCCAUGUAAAUCAGAUUAAACUAUUAAGAAAAUUCUAGUCUCGAAUUAAAAAAAUUAUUUUCUUAUUUUAACUCAUCAAUAAAAACUCUUUCUCUGGUUAAAGUUAACACAAUAAUUACAUGAAUUUAUAGGAAAUGCCGUAAAUGUGGCUAUUUGUUAAGAUAACAACUACAUAGCAGUUUUAACAGAAUCAAAACUUUAAUUAGUAGAAUUCGUAAAUGAUAAUUUUAAAGAUUAUGAUACUUUUGAUUUUUAUAACAAAAUUGAAAAUUGCGUAAUGAAAUUUACAAAUGAUGGGCAAGGAUUAUCAUUAAGUACAUAUUAAAUGACCAGAAUAUUUUCAAUAACAAUAAAACAAAAAUUUAUUUGCAGAGAGAUGUAUUAUAAUUUUGAUAAACCUGAAAAGUUUUGGAAUUAGAAGUAAAGUCAUUAUUAUGAUGAUUUUGAAAAACCUACUUUAAAAUAAAGUUAGACAUAGCUAUUUUAAAAAUAAGGAAGUAAAUAAUAACUUCUUGCUAUAUUGAAUUAUGAGAAAAAAUAAUUUAGAAUUGUUGACCCUUCAAAAUCGAAAUAAAUUUUACUUUUAAAAAGUAAAAUAUCAAAUAAAAAUUUUUUCUAAUUAAGUCUUGAUGAAGAAUUAGUUUGCUUUGUUCAUAAUUCUAGUAAUAUUUAUAUUCUAGAAAAUUAAAAUUUAAUAUUAAAACAUAUAGUUAAACUUAACUAUAUUCAUUUUUAGAAAUUAAUUGGUAGAGAUUCUAUACUUGUUUAUGGUAGUUCUUAGGCUGUUGAAUAAGGUUAGUAAAGUAUCUUUCAAAUUUCGCUACUUGAUUUUUCCCAAAUUCAAAUAUGCACAAUGUAUGAAUGUACAUCAAUGAUUUAUUUGCCUUUAUAGUAAUUUUUUGCUAUAAGUACAAAAUCAAAUUAAAUAACCUUUUGGGAUAUAAAAGCUAAAAAGAAUGUUGGAACACUAAAAGGACACUUAAAAACAAUUAAUUGUAUGACGGCUUCAUCAGAUGGUAGUGUUCUUGCAUCUGCAAGUGAUGAUAAACUCAUAAAACUUUGGAAUAUUAAUUAGAAUGAAUCUUCAGAUGUUCAACAAGCUCACUAAUAUUCAAUUAGUGCAUUAGCAUUUUCUAAAGAUGGUUUUUUAAUUGCAACAGGAAGUUUAAAGGGCUUAGAAUCUGAUGUGCCAAUACUAAUAUGGGAUCUUUAAAACAAAAAUCUAAUUACUAAAUUAUAAGGACAUAGAAAUUCUGUUAAUUGUUUGGAAUUCUUUGAUAGUUCAAAAUAUUUAGCUUCAGGAUGUGAAGAUGGAAUUAUAAUAUUUUGGAAUGUUGAAUACCCUUAAGCAAUAAAAAUAUAUUAGGUGAUUAAUGAUUUAAAUUUCCCUAUCAACACUAUAAGUUUUUCUUCUAUAGAAUAAAAUUUUAUUACACUUUUUGAUUUCAAUAAAGUUUAGAAAUGGAACUUAGAUAAAUUAUAAUCGGAAGACUAUAUUCUAAAUAUAAAUGUAAAUUCAAAAUAAUACAGCUUUAUUUCAAAUGAUUAAUUUAUUUAUUUUGAUAAAGACAAAAUGUAAUUCAAUAUAGUAAAUUUAUAAACGAAGAAAAAAGAAACUAUUUUAGAAAAUUAGGGAUAUAUAUUCUAAAUAGAAGCUUCCGAAAAUAGUAGUCAAAUUUUGUGUUUGGACAAUUAGGGGAGGUUAUUUACUUUAUAAAAAGAUUAGGAGAAUAUAUGGUUUCUUGAGUCAAUUCCUGCUUUAUGCGCUUAAAAUAUUUAAAUUUCUCCUGAUAGCAAAUUUUUACUUUAACAAUGCGAUAUUUCAACUUACUAAGAUAAAAUGAAUUAACAAAAAAGACUCAAAAUCUUAAUUCAUAAUUUGUAAAAAUUGAGAAAUUAAAAGAAAAACUUAGUGUUUAAUUUAGAACCUGGAAUGAGGGAGACAUAUAUUUCAUCUGAUUUUGCUCAAAUUGCAAUAAUUAAAUAAAUUGAUUCAACUACUGAGAUAGAAUACUAUGAAUUGAAAAAUUCUUAUUUAAAAGAUAAAUAUCAAGGAUUAGAUAAUCUGCUUAUGCUUUAAAUAUCAAAUGAUAAGAAAUAUUUAGCCUGUUAUUAUAAAAUUAAUGAAUAAGAUGGAAUUAAUAUUUGGGAAAUUAAUGAUCCAACAAAAAAGGUAGAAUUAGAAGUUAAAGAUACUGGAUUAGAAAAAUUUCAAUUUUCUGCUGAAGAUUCAAAUAAAAUAUAUGCUUUGUAUUCAGAUGGAAUAGUAAGACAUUGGAAUGUUUGUACAAAAGAGGUUAAAGAAGUCUUUUAAAUUCCUUAUAAUAUUAACAUUGCUAUUGCUACAUUUUCAAAAAGUCUUAAAUUCUUAGUUUACUAUGUUAAAACCCAAUAUACUUAGAAUAUAGUUCUGUGGAAUUUUGAAAAGUAAGAAGAAACGGAAUUUUCUGUUGAUGAUGAAGCUUAGAUAUUAGUUUUUAGUUAGAAGGAGGAUAUGUUUGCUGCUGGUUUGGAAAAAUGUAUCAUUAUUUUUAAAAAUGAAAAAUAAUCUACAGUCUCUUUUCUCAAUGUUUAUUCAAAUUACUAUUAUUGUUCAAUAAAUUUUCUGUGCUUCUCACAUAACGAUGAAUAUAUCAUAAUUCAUAUGGAAGGUUUAGUCUAGAUUUACUAAAUAGAUAAAUAAUUUAAUAUUUAACUCCAAUUAUUUUGGAGUGUAAACAUUUCAUAAAUUCUAUUUUUUGAUUUUGUUGAAAUGAAAUUUUUGAUUGUACUUGAAUAUCAAAGAUAAAUCACAAUAUUUGAGCUUGAACCAUCAAUUCUCAUAAAUAAUGAUUUAUUUGUCAAUAAUCAAGAAUUAUAAGAUGAGUAAAUAAUUUGUUUCUCUCCUGAUAGUAAAUACUGGGCAAGCUUGACUCCUACUCUUUAAAUCUAAGAUUUAAGUAAUCCCAUAAUAAUUCAUUAAUUCAAAAGUUUUAAAGGAAACUUGAUUUCAUUUUUAUCACAAGAUAUUUUAGUAAUUGCCGAAAAGAAUAGAUUAUAAUUAAUUAAUAUCAGUUAAAUAGAUAAGAUAUAACUUAUUAAUAAUAUUGAUUUAUAAUUUAAUAUAACUCGUAUAGUCUUCAAUUCCAAUUAUUCAAUUAUAUAAUUUAUGAUUGAUGGCUUAAAUUAUGCUGAUAUAGGUCAAAUUAAAAAUUUGAAAGAAUAUUAAUCCAAAGCCAUUUAUAAUAUAAAAAGAUAAAAUAUUAUUUUAAAUAAUGGAAAUUAUUUUGCGAUAAAGAAUUAAUAGAAUAAUAUUUUAAUAAAAAAUAUUGAUCAAAUUCUUAAGGAAGGUGUUAUUUACCUAGAAUAAGACAUAAAAAAAGAUGAUAUAGCUUAUUCAAAUGAUGGUAACUCGAUUAUUUUGUGUUUAUCUUAUAAUAUUCAAGUUUUAGAUCCUAAAAGUUUAGCAGUUUAAAAUAUAAUAAAAAUAGACACAAAUUUAUUUCACUUUUAAUAUUCAUAAAAUUAGAAAUAUCUUGCAUUAAUGAAUUAAAAUAUUGUUAAUAUCUAUUAAACGUAGAAUCUAUAAGAUAUGAAAUUAUUUUUUACUAUUAAGGAAAGUGAAUAUUCGAUUAAAUGCAUAGCUUUAUCCCCAAAAGGCGACUUCUUACUUAUAUAUAAUAAAGAAGAUUUUACAAAUUCAAUUAGAUUAUGGAAGGUGGAAUAAAAAGAAUAAAUUUGUAAUUAUAAUAAACUAGAUGAUGAAGUACUUGUUCUUAAAUUUUAUCCUGAUGGAAUUAAUUUUGCUGCAGGUUUAUCUGACGGAUCAGUUAAUUUAUAUUCAAUAGAUAUAACAUUAACAAACUACUAUAAAAAUUAGAAGAUAAAAUCACCAUACGCUAUAGUCUGUUUUUAAUCAUUUGCCAAAUAAUCUUUAUUAUUAGCCCAAGAGUGUAUUUUAGAGGAAAGUAGAAUAUCAGAAAAAAAUUCAAUUAUAGAAUUAUUCAUUUAGAAAUCAGUCAAGAAUUGA